AUGGGCAGCAUCAGCGUCAGCACCGAGAACACGGCCGCUCCAGGCGUGCCCUUUUACACCCCAGCUCAGAACCCGUUGGUGGGAACCCCUCUCAACAAGGACUCAGCACCGACGCUGUUCCAGCCCAUCAAGAUCCGCUCCCUCGAGCUGCACAACCGCGUGGUGGUGGCCCCCAUGUGCCAGUACAGCGCCGACGACGGCCACUUGACUGACUAUCACCUGGUGCACCUGGGCCAGCUGGCGCUUCACGGCACCGGCCUCAUCAUCGUCGAGGCCACGGCCGUCGAGCCCCGCGGCCGCAUCUCGCCCCAGGACUCCGGUCUGUGGCAGGACUCGCAGAUUGCACCUCUGAAGCGGGUCGUCGAUUUCGUCCACAGCCAGGGCUCCAAGAUCGGCAUCCAGAUUGCCCACGCCGGCCGCAAGGCGAGCACCCUGGCGCCUUGGAUCGGUGGCACUGCGAACAAGACUCUGGCUGAGGAGGAUGUUGGCGGAUGGCCCAACGACGUCGUCGGCCCCAGCGCCAUCCCGUUCGACGAAGGCAGCGCCCUUCCCAAGGAAUUGACCAAGGCUGAGAUUAAGAGCAUUGUGCAGAAGUUUGCCGAGACUGCGCAGCGUGCUGUCAAGGCCGGAGUCGAUCUCGUUGAGGUCCACGGCGCUCAUGGCUACCUCGCCUGCAGCUUCCUGUCGCCCCUGAGCAACCAACGUACCGACGAGUACGGCGGUAGCUUUGAGAACCGCACCCGCUUCGCCCGUGAAGUCGUCGAGGCUGUCCGCGCCGUGAUCCCCGCCGACAUGCCGCUCUCGCUGCGUCUUUCCGCCACCGAAUGGAUGGAAUGGGCCGGUCAGCCGUCGUGGACCGUCGAGGAUACCAUCAAGCUCGCCAAGCUGGUGCCCUCAUGGGGCGUCGACAUCCUCGACGUCAGCUCCGCCGCCAACAACUCCCAGCAAAAGCUCCCCGACGACCCUCUUUUCCAGGUCAACAUCGCGCGCCAGAUUCGCAAGGCCCUCCGCGCAGACGGCAUCGACUUGAUUGUCGGCGCCGUGGGCAACAUCAACAACGCCCAGACGGCCUACGACGUCGUCCAGGAGGGCCCCGAGGCUGCGGCCGAGCUGGCUUUGGUCGCACGACAGUUCCUGCGAGAGCCCGAGUGGGUACUGAGGGUAGCUCACGAGCUCAAGGUGCCCGUCAAGUGGGCGAACCAGUAUUCCAGAGCCGGACCCCGAACGGACUUUAGCAAGAAGUUUUAG